AUGGCGUUCGCCAUUGAAGUCGAGGGUCAGGCCAACCCAUUGAGCGCCCAUAAUGUGUUGAAUGCCCUAGUGCUUGCCGCAAGCUCUACACAGCAUCAGGUCCAAACGGGAACCCAACAGCUCCAGAACUGGGAAAAACAGGGCAUGUACUACACAUACCUACAGGACGUUUUCCUUGACCAUUCCGUUCCCAAUGAAGUCCGUUACCUCGCUAUUAUCCAGCUGAAAAAUGGAAUCGAUAAAUACUGGCGCAAAACAGCUGCAAAGUAUGACAUCGAACCCCCGCAUGGAAGGCUACAUGCUAACAUCGAUGCAAGUGCAAUCAAAAAGGAAGAAAAAGAACAGAUCAAGACCAGGGCCCUCGAAGCAGGAAUUGUUGAGCCUGCUCCACUGCUGGCCCUCCAUAACUCAUUGAUGAUUGCCAAGAUCUUGCGUUACGAGUUUCCACAGGAUUGGCCAGAUGCCAUGUCAUCUGUUAUCUCUUUCCUCCGAUCCUCUACUCAAUCUGGUGCCAACCCACUACAACUCUCCCGAACUCUCCUCAUUUUAUUGCAGAUCAUCAAAGAAUUGUCUACAGCUCGGAUUCAGCGAACACGACACAAUCUUCAGUCUGUCUCCCCAGAGAUAUUCCAGCUACUGGGAGGAAUAUACGUGGACAGGCUUAACAGAUGGGUUGCGACACUGGAGCAGGGUGGCGCUGGCGAAGAAGAGCUGCUGGAGACGCUCGAUCAAAGCAUGGUGUCUCUCAAAGUUCUUCGACGAUUAAUAAUUGCUGGAUUCGAGCAACCAAGCCGCAACCAGGAAGUGCAGAGUUUCUGGGUAUUGACCCAUUCCCACUUCAGCAAGUUCUUAUCCUUUGUGGAUGGGUCUGCCAAACUUCCCGAACCAGUUCAUCGGGCUAUUGAAAAGCACUUGCUGCAAAUGUCCAAGCUGCAUGUUGAAAUGGCUAAGACGCAUCCUGCAUCUUUUGCCUUGCUACCAGAUAGUAUUUCCCUCGUCCAGUCGUACUGGUCAUUGGUCAUGAAGCUGGGAGAGAAAUAUGACAGCCUCGGUGCAGGUGAUGAAGCCGAAGGGAAGUCGUUGGCAGAAAAGACCGGUCUCCGUGCUUUACUAUUGAUUCGUGCUUGCGCGAAAAUGGCUUUCAAUCCUGCUCAGACAUUUAAAUACCAGACUCCACAGGACAAGGAAGAGCGGAAACAAUCCGUUGAGCUCAUCAAGUCACAGCUCUUUACCGAGGACUUUGUCGUCAACGUUAUGGAGCUCCUUGUCACGCAAUUCUUCAGAUUCCGCAACAUCGAUUUCCAGGAAUGGGCAGACGAGCCCGAAGACUGGGAGAAGAGAGAGGAAGAGAACGCCGAUGCUUGGGAGUUCUCUAUCCGCUCUUGCUCUGAGAGACUUUUCCUUGACCUCGUCAUUCACUUCAAAGAACUGCUUAUUCCUCGACUCUUGAACGUGUUCUAUUCCUUUGCGAACACCGAGAAUCAUAAUGUGCUACUGAAGGAUUCACUUUACUCUGCGAUUGGCCUGGCAGCCGCUAGCCUGGAACAGCAUUUGGAUUUCAAUGCUUUCUUGGAGCAUACUAUGGUUCCCGAGGUUCAAUCCCAAGAACAGGAGUAUAGGCUCCUCAGAAGGAGAAUCGCCUUAGUACUUGGCCAGUGGGUCCCAGUCAAGCCGGGUGAACUUAACAGAAACGCCAUUUACCAGAUCUUCCAACACUUGCUUAAUAACCAGGAUCCUUUGAAUGAUCUAGUUGUUCGAAUCACUGCGGGCCGGCAGCUUCGCAAUGUUCUCGAUCCUUACGAAUUCUCUGCAGAAGGAUUCAUGCCGUUUGCACCCUCGAUUUUAGCAAGUCUUAUGUCUCUCGUUCAAGAAGUUGAAUCAUCAGAGACAAAGAUGGGACUCUUGGAGACAGUUCGCGUAGCUGUUGUUAAAAUGGAAGAUAAUAUUACACCCUUCUCCGACCAAAUCCUGUCCUUGCUUCCUCCUCUUUGGGAGAGUUCUGGAGAUGAGCACCUCAUGAAACAGGCCAUCCUUACUCUGCUUUCGUCUUUGAUCCAAUCAUUGAAGCAGGAGUCUAUCAGAUACCACCCGUUGAUUCUCCCUCUUAUCCAAAGCUCAGUAGAGCCUGGCUCGGAAACAAUUAUCUACCUUCUUGAUGAGGCACUGGAAUUAUGGGCUGCCAUAAUUCAGUCUACACCAUCUUCCGCCUCACCAGAAAUACUAUCACUUCUCCCAUCUCUGUUCCCCAUCAUCGAAGAUGCUACCGACAGUACUCCCCAGGCCCUGCAAAUCGUUGAAUCCUACAUCUUCCUUGCGCCACAGGAAGUCUUGAGUGACCGGUUCCGCCACCAGAUACUGGUGUCACUCGAGGCUGUGCUCAAGACAACAACGAAGCAACGGCUCGGUGUUAUUCCACGGAUAGUGGAGCUAAUGAUUCGCGCGGCUGAGACCGUUGAUGGCGGCAGUGAAGCCACUUACAGCGUAGUAUCUCGCUCUCUCGUGGAUAGCUCAUUCCUCUCAUCCCUUCUAGAGGGUUUGUUCUCUGCCUACGAAGUCAGCCAAACCUCAGGACCCAACAGGAAAACCUCUCCAGUGUAUGGUGCUAUCGAAACCGAUUAUUAUUCAGUGUUAGCACGCAUUGCAUUGGCAAAUCCAUCAAUCUUCGCUUCAUCGAUCGCCGCCGCAACUCACUCUUCUGAGGAACAUUCUCUCACAUGGAUUCUUACCGAAUGGUUUUCGCACUACGAUAACAUCGGCAGUGUGAACCAGAAGAAACUCCAUGCCCUCGGUCUCACUCAACUCUUGGCCCUACAAGGUGUUCAAACUGACCCUUCUCAACCCGCUCCUCCCCCGUCCUACAUCCUUUCCCACCUUCAGUCCUACCUUAGCAUGUGGACAGACCUCAUCACCGAACUGGCAGAUGGUGGCACAGAUCCGAACGCCGACUAUUUGGUGUAUUGGAACGCACCAGCUGGAUCGGAAACAGCAGUUGCCGAAAGCACAGAAGGAGUCGAACAGCCCGAAUCGAUUCGUCGCCGUGAAUGGCAAUCUGGUGAUGUCAUUCACCGCUUCACCAUCCGAGACUUUGUUCGUCACAGACUCCAGGAGGUCAUUGGUGCAUGCGGUGGCGCCCAGCGAUUCCAGGAAGAGUGGUUGGUGAACGUUGACACAGAAGUGGUCACGGCCUUCGGAGCCUUGGGAUUACUCUGA